AUGUGGGAAACGGCUGCCGUUCUCCUGUCCUUCUUGCCCCUCGCCGUGGACGCGACCGUGACGCAGGCCUCACCGGGCCUCCCCAUGGUCAUCAACACCUGGGGCGGCGUCUUCACGGCAGCCACCGACACCGCCUUCCUCUCCCUCCGCGACGGCAACGGCAGUGCCCUCGAUGCUGUCCAAGCCGGCUGCGCAGCCUGUGAGCGAAACCAGUGCGACGGCACCGUCGGCUUCGGCGGCUCCCCGGACGAAGGCUGCGAGACGACGCUCGACGCCAUGAUCAUGGACGGCACCACCUUCAACGUUGGCGCCGUUGCCGCCAUCCGCCGCGUCAAGGAUGCCAUCGCCGUUGCCCGUGCCGUCCUCGAGCACACCUCCCACUCGAUGCUCGCCGGCGACCAGGCCACCACCUUCGCCCUCGAGCACGGCUUCCGGGAGGAGAGCCUGUCGACGGAUGCUUCCGUUGCGGCCUGCGAGGCGUGGAAGAAGAAGGAAUGCGAGCCCAACUUUCGGCUCGAUGGACCGCGCUGUCGGGCCUACACCCGACCGCAUCCCGCCUCGGAGCACCGGCAGGUUCCCCUGCUCGUCCAGCGGGACUCGGACACAAGACCGCGCCCCUCCCACGAUACCAUCUCCCUCGUCGCCCUGCACGCCGAGGGGCACCUCGCCGCCGGCACCAGCACCAACGGCGCCGCGCACAAGAUCCCCGGCCGCGUCGGCGACGGUCCCAUCGCCGGCAGCGGCGCGUACGUCGACUCGGAUGCCGGAGGCUGCGGCGCCACGGGCGAUGGUGACAUCCUCAUGCGCUUUCUGCCCUGCUACCAGGCCGUCGAGAGCCUGCGCCGUGGCAUGAGCCCCGCCGACGCCGCCGCCGACGCCGUCCGCCGCAUCGUCGGCAAGUACCCGGACGUCCAUGUCGGCCUCGUCGUCGUCGAUGGCCAAGGGCGCCACGCGGGUGCCGCGAGCGGCUGGGUCUUUACCUACGCAUACCGCGGGGGCAGCAUGGCCGAGACGAGCGUUGUCACCGUCCAGCCGCUGGGGAAGAUGGGGCUAUGA